CGAGAAUAUGCGCCUCACACGUGGGGAGUUCUUUUCCCGUAUGCGGAGAUUUGCUGCGGGCUUCCAGGCACAGGGCAUCGGGCCUGGGGAUCGCGUGUGCGUCCACCUUGACAACAGCGUCGAGAACGUGGUCGUCGUGUUCAGUAUCACCUUCACGGGAGCUUCAGUGUUGCUAUCGAAUCCGGUCCGCAAGGAAAAUGAGCUCCUUUUUCAAGUCGAUUAUGCGGACGCAACUCACAUUUUGACCACUCCACAAUACGCAGCUAAGGUCACUGCAGUGAAGGAGAAAACGAAUGUUAAGGGCCUGUUCGUAAUUGGCGACACCGUACCCGGCUUUGUGUCCGUGUCCGGUUUCGCUGAGCUGAACGGCGACGACUUCAGAGAGGUGCACAUUGAUGAUCCUAAGGAGACCACGCUGGCUCUCUUUUACUCAUCCGGGACAACGGGUCACCCCAAGAUAAUAGAGAUGUCUCAUUACAGCUUGGUGGCAAACUUAUACACGACGAAUGUCCUGGCCACCUAUCAGCCUGGAGAUGUCAUUCUCGCCUGCUUUCCCAUAAUCUAUCCGUCCGGUUUCACGUUAAUCGCACUAGUUGCCUGCACAGGAGCCACAUGCGUCAUAGUACAGCCCGGACUGACAUUUGAAGAGUUCGUGUACUACGUCAACAAGUACAAGGUGACUACGUUAGCAUCAUAUGCGACACAGCUGCACGCUUACUUGACAGGCAUGAUAAGGACUGGACAGAAGCUAUCCUCCAUAAGGACCAUCAACGUGGCUGGCACAGUUUUAACCGAAACGUUUGUCAGGAAGAUAGUCGCUGCCUUUGGUGGCGUCCGCUCUCUGAGGAACCAUUACGGGAUGUCUGAAUCUUGCGGUGUCUUGUGCUCACCUCCAAAGGGCGAAAUUUCAUUAGAAAAUGUCGGCUUUCCGGCACCGAUGGUUCAGCUGAAGUUCAUCGACAUGAAUACAGGUGAGAAGGUGGGACCCAGGCAAUACGGCGAGCUCUACUUUCGUACUCCAAGCGUCAUGAAAGGGUACUACAAAAAUCCAGAGCUGGUGGAAGAGUUUAUGGACGAUGGUGGUUGGUGCAGAUCAGGAGACAUCAUGUACUACGACGAAGACGGCCGCGUCUACUUCGUGGACAGGCUGAAGGACGUCAUUAAGUGCCAAUACCAGGCGGUGUCGUCCAUGGAGCUGGAAAGCCUGCUACAGGCCCACCCCACUGUGGCCGACGCCUCCGUGGUGGGAAUUCCGAAGACCAAGUACGGUGAUUCCCCGGCUGCGUUCGUUGUUCUGCGAGAUCCGUCAUCUGCGUCACCCGAGCUGGCAGCUGAACUCAAGGAGCACGUCGCAAGCCAAACUGAAAAGUUCAAGCAUCUCUACGGAGGCGUGGUGUUUGUGGACCGUUUGCCAAGGAACACAAACGGCAAAGUCAUCAAGCGUCAACUGAAGCAUAUGUAUGACAAGUCGAAGAUAUACUAAAGACCCAGUUGAUAUCGUCAUCUGUUACAUCAGAAAAGAAAUUAAAAACUAUGGUAGCUUCGAACUACUGGUGCCAAGCCUGAAUGAAGAGCGGACCUGGGUGGCCUUCCUUUGAC